AUGGUCCGUCGAAAAAGUUUAAAAGUGCAGGAAAUGGAAUCUCGACUUGCUGAAGCAGUAUUAGGAGUUCAAAAUGGAAAGUAUAAGUCUUCAUAUGAAGCUGCAAAAGAACUGGGGCUUUCUAAAGAUACUGUUCCACGAUUUAUCAAACGACAUCCUCAUCUUACAGUUGUUAUUGGCUAUCGAAUUGAAUCUGAUUAUGGAAUUGAGAAGAAAGACGAAUACAAUAUGGAUGAAUCUGGACAUUCAAUUGGGACAAUGGAAUCAAUCCGAAUUAUUAUCGAUUCUACACUUCGUACAAAACAUCAAGCACAUCCAGACCGUCAAGAGUGGAUUUCAAUAAUAGAGUGUAUUUGUACGGAUAGAUCCAUUCUUCCACCACUCGGGAUUUUUAAAAGUAAAAACGUCCUUCAAAAUUGGAUUCCGAAGGAAGUUCUUGGUAGCUGGUUCUUUUCAGCAAAUACAAAGGGCUGGACAAGCAAUCUUCAUGGAUUAGAAUGGCUAAAACGCGUUUUCGAACCUGUAACUCGUACAAAAGCAGAUGGCAAAUAUCGGCUUCUCAUCUAUAAUGGCUACGAUUCUCAUAUUAGUGGAAGCUUUAUAGCUCACUGCCUUCAAAAUCGAAUUAUACUUCUUAUACUUCCUCCUCAUACCUCGCAUUUGUUUCAGCCACUUGAUGUUGCGGUUUUCGGUCCAUUGAAAAAACGGCUCACCACAGCACUUUCUGAUUUGAAUCAAGCUCAACUUGUACGAAUACAAAAGAUUGAAUGGAUGGAGGUAUAUAUUAAAGCUCGAGCCGAUGUAUACCAUCAUCAAAAUAUCGAAUCGGCAUGGCGGGGAGCUAGGUUACAUCCAUUUAAUCCACAGAGAGUGUUCCAUACACUGGGUCGAGAGUUUACCCCCAAAGUCGAAAUAUCCAAAGAACCAAUCCAAUUUGAUAUUUUUAAUCAAGUCUUCGUCAAUAGCUCACCCCUGGAUGUAGCAAUCUUACAAACAGCAAAUAACCUUUUAAAUUCAACAAUUGAAAAUGAUACAACUCUUUCAACCCCGGUUCGUCAAUACAUUCGAAAAUUGAUGAUUGGGAGUGAGCAACUUCGAGCUCAAAGUAUUGUUCACCAAUACGAUGCGAAUAAUUUACGAGCUAUUAUGAAGAAAUGUACGAUAUGUAAGAAAGGAAAGAGACUAGUUUUGAAGGGUCAUUUUUAUAUUUCUAUACAAGAAUUAUAUGAUGUAGUAAUAGAAGCCGAAAAAGCUACUAAAGUACAGACAAUGAAAAAAGGAAAAGGGAAAGGGAAAGUAAUUGAAUAUAAGACUGAAACUGAAGAGGAUAUUGGAGAAGAAGUUGAAGAUGAAUCUGAAAGUGAUAUUGGAGAUUGUAUUAUAGUUGAUUGUUGA